AUGAAGAGUGGAACGCGCGGGAAACGAGGACGAGGGAGGCCGCCAAAAGCGGCGCCACCGUCACCAGUGAGCCAACCAACACCACUCUCAUCGGAGAACAAACAAUCAACUUCGGAGAUGGAGAAUCCAGAUUUUCUAUCAUCUGAUACUUCACGAACUAGGAAGGAGGAGGAACAAGAAACGGUUCUUGUUGAGGAUAAGGAUGAAGACUCGGAAACCCUAAUUGAAGGAAAAUCAAAGAAGGCACCACAAACGGAACCAAAGAAGAUUGAAGAACGUAAACUGUGGGUUGAUGUGCUUGCGGAGAAUCGCAAUCUAGCAAAAGGCCUCUCGAUGCAAUAUGUAGCGCCAACUGUGACAAGCGAAGGAAUUGAAAUCGAGAUUGAAGAAGAUGACAUUGCAUCUGAAGUGCAAUACUGGGAAACAACGUUAAUCUUGUACGCGAUGGGGGAGGAAUUAAGCAUGAACAUGGUGAAAAACUUCAUGGAGAAGACUUGGAGCUUUGUCAAGCUUCCUGAUAUGUUUUACCAUGAUGAAGGUUACUUCAUUCUUCAGUUCAAAUCUCACGAGGACAUGGAUGCGGUACUGAUGCGAGGACCUUACACACUUAGAAACAUCUCUCUGAUGCUGAGGGAAUGGAAGGCUGACUUUAACCUAAAGAGGGAUAUGCUGAGAACUCUCCCACUGUGGGUAAAACUCCCAAAAUUGCCUCUACAUCUAUGGGGAGCGAAGAGUUUGAGUAAGAUUGGUAGUGCAAUAGGAGUCCCUCUCGUCACUGACGAAUGUACAACCACUAAAUUGAGGGUAUCUUAUGCUCGACUCUUGAUUGAAGUUGACAUCACCAAGGAGAUGGUGAAAGAGAUUGCAAUUAAGGAUUGUGAAGGGGGAAACUGA